GUUCUUUCAGGGGCACGCCAUGUGUCGUUCUUUUCUAUACAGUUCGUCAGCGUCAACAUGGUAAGAUAUUCAACGUGUAAAAUACGGGGUUUUUUUACUAAUUUUGCCAUAAUGUUUCACUAAAACAUAUUUUUACUAUACUAUAGAGUGUAUGGCUUUAAACUGUCACACUUUAUUACGUGGAAUUUUCGUAUUAGCGAUUGAAAUUAGUUUGUAAGAGAUUUUAAAAAUAGCAAAAUAAUUGGGCCUGGGUUCGAGUCGUUCGAUUUUACAUUUGUGCUUCCAAGAAAUAAAAAUUGCUAAAAUUUAAUAAAUUGACUGCUGAAUUUUUGUAUCUUCACUUAAGCAGGAUCUGACCGAGUCUGAAAUAGCAGUUGGAUGUUAAGUUUUUCCAACUGGUCAUCAACCUGACUGGAAAGUUUGGAAAUUGCACACCCAAGAUUUAACAAAUUAAUAGUAAAUAUAUUGAAAGCAUCAAACUUGUGUGCUCAAUAUUUCCGUUGUGCAAUACAAACUUUCCACACCAGGUUAUCGGUAUCAAUGUUGACCAGUUAGUUGAUUGACCGCUUUUGUUGAUUUUCAUUGAUUGCAAAUGCUGGGUUAAGACAAUGUUUAACCAACAACUGUGUCUGUGCUUCCUACAGAGAAUGCACAAUUGCAAAAUUUAAAAGCUUACAGUAAUAGCAUAAAAUAUAUUUGUUAAAUAUUUACAUGAUUUACCCAAAGAAUGCCAGGACAUAAAAUGACACCUAAACACUGUCUGACCAAAUUUGGAAGUUUUGUAUCUAAAUUCCAUUUUAGUCAGACAUUCCAAACUCUUUUACUGUUAUUUCUCCCCUUGUCAAGUAAAAUCAGUGUUAGACAGAGUAUUACAGGGUUCGAGAUUGGCUGUAUCCUUGAUGAUACCAGUUUUCAAUUUUGGAUACCAGAUGUUAAAACCUUGGUAUCCUAACUGGAUACCAGGAAAUUCUUGCCUAAAUAUCAAUUGUUGAACAUUACUUAUAAACUUUAUCAAAGGGAAUCACAAAUAUAUACAUAAUUUUACAGAUAAUGUUUGAAACGCUCGUAAACUUUGAGCAGCGAAUGCUAAAAUUACUUUGACUACUUUGCUUCAAAUUUCACUUCCAUUAGCUAAUCACUGAGAGCCUGAAACACCCGCAAAUUCACCUGAAAUUGGCGGGCGUUUUCAUUAUCAGGCUACAUUUCCACUUUCGCAUUCUAGCUUCUCUGUUUUGAUCUCGAAGCACAUGUUCGAAUACCAAAUUUAAAGUGACAAUAAAAUUACAAUCAGACUUUGGAGGAUUUCAUAUUUAGCUAUUUUAGUUAUUAUAGCAAUUUAAUAGUUUGAUGAAGAACAGAGGAAAUUUAUAAUAAUACUGUAUGUUUAUUUAUAUAGUUAAGGUUGUAAAGGGAUAUAUUUAGAAAUAAUGCAUAUCUAUUGUACUUUGUAACUAAUUACUUUAUCAAUGUUCUCUGUACCCUGUAGUGAACUAAAAGUAAAGAAUACCUAAUGGCUUGUGUGUGUAUAUGUGUUUCAAAGUUUUCAAUAUUCGAUAUCAUGAUUCUACCAUUAAUAUUCUUAUAUUAACAUUGUUUUCUUACUUGUAUUUUUAUACCUCUGUAAGUUUUAUGUCUGUGUGUUAUUUAUAGACUUAAUUAAAAAACGGUUUUUCGUUUUUUUCCGCUUUUUUCAUGACGGUUUUCGGUUUUGAUUUUUCUCAAGAACUGCCCCAGCCUAGUCAUUAGACUGCCUUGCAACAGUGGCAGACACUUCGCAAAAUGUUGUAGGGGCAAAUUAGAUUGCCAAUAUGUGCUACCUUUUGUAGCUGGAGGUGUUAAUUGUUUAAACUUUGUUGCCUUAAAUUUCAUGCAAUAAAUGGCUUAAAUUAUAGCCAACCAACACUUUCAUGGUUGAAAAUUAUUGUUACAGCUUCAGUCCUCGAAAUUAGCAUAAAUCCUCAUUGGCAAUUAUUUUAGAUAUUUUAGAGUUCUUUAAAAAGUUAAAUGGCAUUUUUUUGCUUCUCAAACUUAAAAAAAAUAGAAGAUAUACAGUAUUUACUGCCUGUGCAUGCUCACAACAUCGUCCCAAAAUUGUUUGUAACAAUAUUAUAAAGGAACUACACAACAUGACUUGCUUGUGGCCAGCAGAGUGUAUAUGUUUGUAUGAAAUUACAUGAAGUAUUAACAAAAAAUAUAUAUGGACACAGUAGAGACAUACAGAGACGUAACUAGUGUACCCACUUUUUUUGUGCGCAUGCUCGGCAAGUUACUAGAUGCAUGCAUCUGAUUGGAUGACGACCUGAUGACUCACUUUAAACUUCCUGAGCACGCGUAGUCGAUCAUUUAUCGCCUGGUCGCCUGAAAAAAGUGGGUACAUGAUAACGUAAUCUUCAGAAGUGUUUAUGACGGUCAGUUACGUCUCUGUAUGUUAGAGACAUAUGAUAUGGACUUUGAAAUAUAGCCAGAAAAUAAAAAAGACAAAGGUUUAAAUGUUUGCAGAAGUAACUUCCCGAAUUCUCUGUAAACACAGGAACAAGCAACUAAAGAGAAUUCUCACUAUAGUCAUUUAAUAAAAUAUAGCAGCAAAGCUUUUAGAAGAAUCGAUCGAAUAAAGAAAAUAAUAACAAAAAUAGCUUUGAUGGCAAAAUAUUGCCAUUGAUAAGUUCAUUUUCGGCGGCAAUUGCUAUUUGCCGUCGCUAAUUUCGAGCACUGCAGCUGGUUAUAAAGUUAUUCAGCUAUUAUUCUAAGGCUUUCAGUGUUUGAAGUCUGUCACCAGUAUUGUUUUGUGUGGCUGAAAAUUCAUGUUCUACAAAAAUCAUUUAAUUUGUUUUCCUGCUGUUUUUUUGUAAAUAAUUAUAGACUUCCAAAAGACGUAACAAUGGUCGUUCUAAAAAGGGAAGAGGACAUGUACGGUUCAUCAGAUGUACCAACUGUGCUCGAGCAGUGCCAAAAGAUAAGGCCAUAAAGAAGUUUGUGAUAAGAAAUAUGGUUGAAGCUGCAGCUGUUAGAGACAUCUCUGAGGCCAGUGCAUAUGACAGUAAGUUCCAGUUUUUUCAGCUGCUGACUAAGGACAUGACACUGAUUUGAAAACAAAAUGGGAUUGAUUGGUUAAAUUGCAAUUGCAUGGUUAGAUUUUUGCAUUAACAUUAUUUAAAUUAUUGAAAAGACCAUGAAGUAAAGUUAGUAAACUUUAAGGCAAAGGUGGCUUAAAAUGUUGAACAACAGUUUAAGUUAAAAAAUGAUAAUAUUUCCCCAACAGAAACCUUUACUUGUGCUACCUAGCUGCAAUCAGCCCUGGUAGAAAUAAUUGUCUCCACUUGUGUACAUGCUAUGGAAAUGACCAUGAUUAAAAUUCCCUAUAUCAAUAUUUGCAUGUAUUCUUGAUAUCCCCUGUUGCAUCAUAUUGCCACAGUAAUGUUUGUGCAUGUAAAUGUAAUGGGCAGGUGUACAGCAAUAUGCAGAAGCACUAAAUUAUGGUAUAUAUAAUCAUUGUGUUGUUUUUAAAAAAGUGGCUUUUAAAAAAAUUAUGGUAUGCUCAACUUGUUUUUGUCUUCUCUGUAGUGUAUGCUCUACCAAAGUUGUAUGUGAAGCUUAGUUAUUGUGUCAGCUGCGCAAUCCAUUCUAAGGUUGUAAGGAAUCGUUCAAGAGCUGAGCGCAAAAUAAGAACACCACCACCAAGGUUCAGACCAAGAGUAAGUAAAUGCAAUUGUUUUGAAAAAAUGCCUGAAUGUGUGGUUACAGAAAAGUUGUCUUUACCCCAUUAGUCAUUUACCGUACUUUCUCUUUAAGGCCCCGUUUACACUAUACCGGAUUGCUAUCGGAGUGGGUCAAAUUUUGUAGGUAUCGAAAGGCUGUGAAGUUUUUUAAUCUCAGAGACCCAAAUAAACAUGCCAAAUCUGUCAAACUAUUAAGCAUUUGCUACUAACCAUUGCUCCAUAACGGCAAAAGAAGAUGUCGUGACCAGCGGAUCCGGUAUAGUGUAAACAGGGCCUAAUUCUUAAACAAUUUCACCCUUGUUAUCUUUUUGACAUGAACAAACCUUGAUUGCUCAUAUACAUGGCCACAGUAACCUGGUGCACUCUACAUUUCUUGGUGUUGCUAUAACACCAUAAUGAUGUAAAUCUUUGCGACUCGCAUUUGCGUCGCACUGUAACGAUUUUCAUGCAUGCACUAGCGAAGUAAAAAUUCAGAAUGUGACUUUAUUCCUCUAUGUCUAAUACCAAAUAAUUUGAUUUGUCUUUGGGUCCGUUGUUGGGCAGAAAGUCUUUUCUAUAUUUUGUAGGUUUUGUACUUCUGUUUGAUAAUGAAUGGGAUUUUAUUCAGCUAUUCAUUUCAAAAAUAAUUGCUACAAUAGUGUCUGAAUACAUAUUAGUGUUACUGAUUUUCUAUAUUUAUGUUCUUUCUCGUAUUAGACCGACAAUACUGGCCCUCCUCGUCCUGCUGGUGGAGGUCCUGGAAGAACUCCGGGUGUACCUGCGACUACUGCAUGAAAACUACAUACAUCUUCGUCCAAAAUGAGAAGAAAUAAA